UUCCGCGCUGCGGUUCAACUGGAGGAAGAAUAAAGUGCCCAAACACAGAGAAAAACUCCUGCUGAAGCGACUGAUCUACACACUGUUAUAAAGAUGGCGUUUAUUAAAGAGGAGAGUGAAGAUGUGAAGAUUGAAGAAACAUUCACAGUCAAACAGGAAGAUCCGCAGGAACAAACAAACCUAAUUGAAGAGAGUGAGGGAAGUAAAGAGGAGGAACAUUUACAGACUGAUGGUAUUUUGAAAAGGAGAGACAAGAAUCGUUUCACCUGUACUCAGUGUGGGAAGAGUUUUGGAGGAAAUGGCAAUCUUAAGAUUCACAUGAUGAUCCACACUGGAGAGAAACCAUUCACAUGCACUCAGUGUGGAAAGAGUUUCAGCCAAUCAUCACACCUUAAUGACCACAUGAUGAUUCACACCGGAGAGAAACCAUUCACGUGCACUCAGUGUGGGAAGAGUUUCAUCCGGUUAUCAUUGCUUAAUCAACACAUGAUGAUUCACACUGGAGAGAAACCAUUCACAUGUACUCAGUGUGGGAAGAGUUUCAGGCAAACAUCAUACCUUAAUGAACACAUGAUGAUCCACACCGGAGAGAAACCAUUCACAUGCCCUCAGUGUUGGAAGAGUUUCAGCCGCUCAUCAGACCUUAAUCUACAUAUGAGGAUCCACACUGGAGAGAAACCAUUCACAUGCACCCAGUGUGGGAAGAGUUUCAGCUGCUCAUCAUCCCUUAAUAAACACAUGAGGAUUCACACUGGAGAGAAACCAUUCACAUGCACUCAGUGUGGGAAGAGUUUCAGCCAAUCAUCAGACCUUAAUAAACACAUGAUGAUCCACACUGGAGAGAAAUCAUUCACAUGCACUCAGUGUGGAAAGACUUUCAGCCGCUCAUCAAACCUUAAUCAACACAUGAGGAUCCACACUGGAGAGAAACCAUUCACAUGCACUAAGUGUGGGAAGAGUUUCAACUGCUCAUCACACCUUAAUCGACACAUGAGGAAUCACACUGGAGAGAAGCUAUUCACAUGCACUCAGUGUGGGAAGAGUUUCAGACAACCAUCACUCCUUUAUCUACACAUGAUAAGCCACAACAGAGAGAAACCCACAGCUUCGGUGUGGGACGAGUUUCAGCAACUCCUCAGACCUUAAUAAACACAUGAUGACCCACACUGUAGAUAAACCAUUCACAUGCACUCUGUGUGGGAAGAGUAUCAACCAAUCAGUCAACCCUAAUGAACACAUUAAGAUCCACACUGGUGUGAGAGAGUAUUUGUGCUUUGAGUGUGAGAAGACUUUUAUUACAGCUCUAAAAUUAAAACUGCACCAGACAUUUCACACUGGACAGUAGUGAUGGGAAGUUCAUAUCAUUUUACUUACUGGGAUCUUUGAGUCUCAUUCAUCAAGAUGACAGUAUCUUUUUUCGGAGUCACGUGACGGUAAUGGCGGAGUAGCAGCUCAAGAUUUGGUCUCAAGAUAUAUUAUGUUAAGAGGCUCUCUUUAUGGGCAAGAAAUUUCAGUUUUAAAUAUAUAUUUUCCACCUAUUCAGACCACAGAUUUUAUUUCUAAGGUUUUUUCAAAAUUUGCGCAUUGGCUUUGUGACAACACAGUUAUAGCAGGUGAUUUUAAUUGUUUUUUCUCCUCAUUAGUAGAUAAAUGUCCUUCAACACAAAAUCGUAGUCAGAUGUCGAAUAGAGUCAAAGCUGUUUUGGAUACCUGCAAAGAACUUGAUCUGGUUGAUACUUGGAGGGUGUUACACCCUAAUGAUAAGGAGUUUACAUAUUAUUCAGCUGUUCAUAAAACCAGUAGUAGAAUUGACUUGAUCUUCAACCCCUAAAAUUUCUUUUAGUAAAGUUGAGUAUUGUAAUUUUGGGGAUAUUUUGAUAUCCGAUCAAGCACCGCUCUGUAUAGGCAUAAAUUUCAGUAAUUUGACACUCUCUAAUAAACAAUGGAGGUAUAAUUCAUACCUAAAUUUUGACCCUAA